CAAAUACAAACGACUGGACAUACCAGUAGCCCGCCGACAACAUUAGAUAGAAAUAGAGCGGGUAGUUAAAUAUAUUAAUAUAGCAAUUCAGUCUCAAUUUUGGGCUUUUGUUCACUUUUGCUCCAUAUAAACCGCGGCAGACUCUUGAAUGCACGAGGUAUUUUAGCUGUCCCAUUCUGACCACAAGUAUGGCUCAAAAGAGUGGUUGCUCGGGGAAGCUGCGCUCGAGCGUCGGCCUGAGCAGCGGCUCGUGCUCCUGCAGCGAGACGCACGAGCAGCUCCGCGCGGUGAAAGCAAUGUUGAUGGAGCGGUUAGGACCGCACGAGCGCCUGCUCACCCAUCUGCAGUCUGUGCUGGUGUGGGAGAGACCCUUCCAUAGUGCCCUGCUCUACACGGCUGUCAACGUCAUUUUCUGGUUCUUUGCUCUGAGCUCUUUGAGGUUGCUCUUUCUGCUGGCGGCAGGUCUAGCCCUCACUAUUUGUGUCGACAUUUGGAGGAAUAAAAUCUGGCCCAAGAUCAAAGUUAAAAGACAAGAUGAAAGCGAGAAUGACAGCUGGGGUCUGGUGCAGCCUGGGAUUUUAAGCGUUCCUGAAUUAUGCCACCACAUGGCUGAAGUGUGGAUAACUGGGUCUUCCUGUGCUGCAGACAUUGUGCAAUUUAAACGGCAAAAUCCAGGGAAGUUUUGUAUGCUGGUUUGUGGCCUGUUUACAUUACUGGCCAUGGUGGGGUGCUACAUACCAGGAUUGGUACUCUCAUACAUGGCUUUGUUAGGUGUGUUGCUCUGCCCAUUGGCAUUGUAUUAUCGGCUGUGGCAGCGUGCAUGUUUGAAGCUGGAGCCGGCCCUGCAUUGGUUGGACUUCAGCGUCAAAGGAUACAUGAUGUCAAAGCCUAUAGAUAACCAGUUUCUCCGUAAGCCCAUCAGAAAUGGGACCUUGGAUGAAGCCAGUGACAGCGAGGAAGAGCUGGCUGCUUUCUGCCCAACGUUUGAUGAAGCAGCGGUUGCUAAGGAACUGGCACUGACUGACUCUGAACAUUCAGAUGCAGAGGUAUCAUACAUGGAUAAUGGUACCUUUAACCUUUCCAGGGGUCAAACCCCCCUCACAGAGGGCUCAGAGGAUCUAGAUAGGCAUAGUGACCUAGAGGAAUCAUUUGCCUGUGGGCUUCCAGACUUCCCAUCCAUAAUCCCAGACGCCACCCUGAUGGAGGACGAUGAUGAUGCCAGCAUCGGGCUUCCCAGUCUGAACUCAGCAGCCCUUUCUGGGCCUCGUGGCUCUACCUCUGCCUUGCUAAACCUGGAGACCCAAAUGGACUCAGAUCAGGAAGACCUCGACCUUGAGCUGUCCCUAGGCUCCUUAAAUACUACCUCUGACCUCACUAGUAACCUGGCAGGGCUCAUAGCCAGCAACAUGAUCCAGGCUGCAAUAACAGGAGCCAUGCAGCCUCGCCCACCCCAAGGUCCUCAGAGAGAGAGCGGCCCACGGCCAAGAGCUCCAAGGGGAUACAGGAAUCAGUCGAGCUCAGAGCUGGACACAGACCUGGACUUUGAUGGAGAGGACUUUGAGAUGUUGGAUCAGUCAGAGCUGAACCAGAUGGAUCCGUUUGGAGUGGGUCAGUGUGGCCAGAACAGAUCCCAGGGAUCCAAUUUCCUGUCCAACUUGCUGGGGAAGCCACAGUAAGCCCUGUGUGUUUUUGUGUGUGCGCGCAAUACAUACCAUCUUUACAGAGCCUCCCUCUGUCUGUCUACUUCCUGUACAUCUACUUGUCCCUCGCACCUUGAUCUGUGUAGAAGUUUGCAGUGUUUGAUUGAAUGUCUACUGAAAUGCUCUAGUUUUGAUUUUUGAGUGAGUGAAUGAGUAAGGCAGAGUGAUUGUAUUUAUUUUGCACUGUUAAUGUAACAUUGUCGAAAUUAUGCUUUGAUUUUUCGUAUGCAGCUUCACCUGUUGGCUAGAGAGUUUGAUGCGCAUAAGAUGUAAUGGCAGGUGAAAAACCUAAGCAUAUCUUUGGCUUUAGGUUCCACUUGCCAGGAUUUCUCCAAAGGCUGCAGUUGAUAUAACUGUGAAGUAAUCUUGUCAUUAGUCUCUCUUUAUGCUCAUUGAGCUUCCAUGUCCUCUCUCAAUUUGUGUGUGAUUUAUGGGUGUGAGUGAGACUUGAAUGUGAAAGACUCCAAUUUAUUUUGUAGGCUAAGCAAUAGGACAACAAAUACAGACACAUUACAAUGAUCAGAAAUAUCUUUAACUUCUUAAAACCAGCAAAACAAACACCUGACUUUUUAAAUGCACCCCAAACUAAAUUAAAUUGUAUUGAUCUUUGACACCUGAAGCUUUUUGUUUCAUACAGUCAGUAUUGUUUAUGUCUUGGAUAAUUAACAUAUGAUAGGACCAAAUCAGACAUUCCACCAUCAGUGAUGGUCAAGACCAUAAAUGUAUACGAAAACGAAUUAAUCUGAAGACCUAAUUCACAGUAGUGCCAUGUUUGAUUUUUGAUGCAAAUGAAAACGAGGCUGUGAGGGAUAGACUUAUCAUCUCUUCAAUGGCAUGCACACGAACAAAGGUUUAUUAAAGCUCCUAAAUCCCGUAUGAUUUUCCAUAACUAAUGUUGUGUGGUAUUUUUUUGUCUACUGAAUGUUCUUGGAAAUAUAUAUAUAUUUUUAAUGUUUUGUCAGCAGAACAAUCCCAAAAAAUGUUUAACUGCAGUACAGCCCAUUGAAGAAACUUUAUGUCUAUCCCUCACGGCCUCGUUGUCAUUCUGGUCAAAAAUGUGAUUAUGCUGCUGUGAAUAAAGUCUGUUUGGAAGACUGUAAAAUCUAUCGUCAAGACAUUGCAGAACAAAGGAGGGCUGCAGCCUGAUCUCAUGUAAUUAAGACUCAGAGGUGAGAGCUCUUGUUACAGUCACUAGUCAAAAGUGUUAUUAACAGCAUUUGGGUUAUAUUGCAAUGCCAAAAUAUUUUUUUUAUUUUCCCUUCUUUUCCAUUUAUAUUUCCAUACAUGUCAUAUUUUCAGGCUCAACAUGAUUUUAAAACCUUUACAUAGAGGAGUCAAGACAUAUUAGACAUUUGGCUCGCAUUAACAGAAAAGGGUUUCACCCUCUACAUUUCAGAAGGUAAUGACAGGUGUCUUUUUUUUUUUAACCAAGGUAACUUUACAGUUAAUUAAUCUGUCCUUCAUUGUGGUUUUUAAUGAGAAAUAAAUAUGAACAAAUACACAAACAUGUCAGUUCACCUUGCUCACCAUCCUAUCUCUGUUCAUCUCGAUAAUAUAUAGCAGAACAUGGAUUUUUUUUAAAUGACUCUACCUCAAACAAGCAAUUUGGCUGUAACUGCCACCGUACACAGCCUCCUUUAACCAUUUUGAUUUUAUACAGGCAAAAGGCAGGAAAACUGCAAAAAAUCUCAUCUGCUGUACAAAUCUGGCUUUGAGAUUUGAAGUAGAACAGCAUUAAGUAAAGUCCAAUUAGUGUACACUUUUUAUGCCUCUGACCCAAUGCUGACGAGAGUUGUCAUUGCUGGCUUCGUUUUCUUUUUAAGUGUCUGCUGGAAAUUAGGAUGACUGCAAAAGUGCAAUAGUACAUAUAGUAAACAUUCUGUUACCAUGAGUCAACCAAGUGAUUUCAAUGAUUGCAAGUCUGAUUUGGUUUUCUCUUUAUUUAGAAGACUUUUAAGUCUUAAUUGAAGGCUUAUUUAUCAGUAAGGAACUUAAGAGAGCAUUGUAUUUUAACAAAGUUAUGGGCCAUUCAGGAAGCGAAAGGAUACAGUUUAUCUCUCUUAUCUUCAGUGAUACUAAGAACUGAUGGAUUCAGUCUACCACAUCCUGCUGUACCAGAAUAUGUGUAUUACAUUUUAAUGCCUAUAGGUUUCCUUUAACCAACCAACCUGAGUUAGUUAAGAACAGUAUAGUGCUGUUUAUUGGAGUGAUUAUUUUGCUACUUUGCUGUGAUUGUACUCUUUUCCUUUUUUUCUUGUUUGGAAGCCCCAAGAUUUGAAUUGCUGAUGAUUUGUUUGGACUGUUGUAAUGAGCAGUAAAUCAGCUUUUUUUGUGAGUGUGUCAUUGUGAUUACCAUACAAUUGAAACAUUCUCUGCCAAUUUUACCCUUUCCAUUCACAUUUUUGUGGUCAAUUUAAGAAAUGUCACAAGCAAAUCAAAUAUGACAAUAAUGUGGUUGUUUUUAUAAAGCUAUAUAUAUAUGUAUGUGUAUGUAUGUGUAUGUAGUGUGUGUGUGUGUGUGUGUGUGUGUGUGUGUGUGUGUGUGUGUAUAUAUUACACCCAGUGUCAUCUGUUGAUGUUGUAUUGAUGUCAGUGAUUUAAAUAUGAAUCAGUUAGCUGUCUGCAAUUUUUAAGCUGAAAAUACAGAAUCAUUCAUUUUCUCUCUUUGUGUGAAAUUUUUACAGGAGUCUUUCUGUAGCUGGACUCUGCAAUGUCAGUGUGUUUUUGCUUUUCUCUACAGUAGUAUUUUCCUCUUCCAUUACAGUAGCAUUAUCUUAAUCGGCAUCAACCGAUAAGUUCUCUGUCAUUAGUUUUGAUAACUUUUGAUGUGCAAGACAAUAAA